AUGGAGGCGGCUGUCAGGUGGGAGAGUGCAGGUGUGAAGGCUUUGCGCCUGCCCUCGAAGAGAUUCUCUUCGUGCGUUUGUCUUAUCUGUGUGGAUUUGAUUCAAAGACAUUGUCAUCUGUGUAGAAGGAAGCCAAGGAUCCAGGAGCUGCGCCCUAGGGCCCAGCAGGAGCUGCCAACCACCGUGGCAGCUGAGGGGCCCUGCGCCAGCCCGACCCUGGCCCCAGAGGAGCCUCCCGCCGGCACCAACCUGGCCCCGGAAGAGCCUCCCGCCGGCACCAACCUGGCCCCGGAAGAGCCUCCCGCUGGCACCACCCUGGCCAUGGAAGAGCCUCCCGCCGGCACCACCCUGGCCCCGGAGGAGCCUCCCGCCGGCACCACCCUGGCCCCGGAGGAGCCUCCCGCCGGCACCACCCUGGCCCCGGAGGGGCCUCCUGCCGGCACCACCCCGGCCACGGAGGAGCCUCCCGCCGGCACCACCCUGGCCCCGGAGAAGCCUCCCGCUGGCACCACCCUGGCCACGGAGGAGCCUCCUGCCAGCCCCAGCCUGGCAACUCAGAAGCCUCCCGCCAGCCCCAGCCUGGCACUUGUGGCGCCUCCUCCCAGCCCAGAGCAGGAGUUCAGUGACAGCACCAGCUCCGUAUUCUCCUGCGGGUCCAGCGGCUCCUCCGUGGGGUCUCGGAGCCCUGUGUUUCAAGGCUCCCUCUUUGGAGCCUCGCUCCAGGCCCUGCAGCCACCCGCUCCAGCCCUGCCUCCUCCUCCUGAUCUUCCCCGACAACGGCAAUUUCGACCACCCGGCUUCAACCUCCGGCGCAGAUAUGGACUCUGGCUCCGGAUGUGCCUGCACAUAGUCAACACCUGGAUGCAGUAGACAGGCCCCACCAUAAAUCAGACCCUAACCCUGCCCCAUGACCCCUUAGUCCCUCCCACCUGUCACCGGAAGUCCUGCCCCAUGGGGGUAUUACUUCGUGGUCAAGGCAGCCACAUGACUGGAAGCCAGGUGUGUCAUGUGACCCCUCUAAGAACUCCUCCCACCACCCUCUCCCAAUCAGGGUGGGUUUCCUCCUGGAAGGACCACCCCAAGAGGAGAUUUGACCAA